CUUUCCAAAGCCCAGCCUCUCCUCCUUAGCAACCGACAGGACUCUUUCACCUUAGCAACUACUACAGCUUCCACCAUGGCUGAAGAGGAAGUUCCUGCGACGACCGAAAAAGUUCUGAAGAUACAGAGGGUAUUCAUAAACCAUCUGGACACCUAUAGCAGCGGAAACAUAGGAAAGUUCCUAGCUAACUGUGUCGCUGGGGCUUCACUGGAAGAGAUUGGAGAAGAGGAGGAGGAAGAGGACGAGACAAAGUCAGCUGCAGCUCCAGAAGCCCCCACUACAAAAGUGAAGGAAGGCACCUUCCAGAUCGUGGGCACCUUGGCCAAGCCAGAGAGCGUCAAGCCAGACUUCGCUGUGGAGGCUUACAAGGGCAUCUCCCGGGAAGACCUGCUCUCGCAUCUCAUGGAGUGUGAUGCUGUCAUCUAUAACAUCACGGAGAAUGUGCAGCAAGUGGAGGAAGCCUUGUGGGCAGUCUCCGCAUUGAAUGAAGAAAUCAGCCAUUUUGAAAAGCGAAAGGUGUUCAUUUUGUUGUCAACUGUGAUGACAUGGGCGAGAUCCAAACCCCUGGACCCUGACGACAACGAGGUUCCCUUCACAGAAGAGGAUUAUCGAAGAAGGAAACAUCACCCGAACUUCCUGGACCAUAUCAACGCCGAAAAAAUUGUUCUCAAAUUCGGGAAAAAUGCCAAAAAGUUCGCAACUUAUGUAGUCGCCUCGGGACUUCAGUAUGGAGCAGAAGGAGGCAUCUUACACACAUUUUUUAAGAUGGCCUGGCUGGGCGAGGUCCCCGCACUACCAGUGUUUGGAGAUGGGACCAAUUGCAUUCCGGCCAUUCAUGUUGUUGACCUCGCAGGAGUGAUCCAGAACAUCAUAGACCACGUGCCCAAGCUUCACUACCUGGUGGCUGUGGAUGAGGCUGUGCACACCUUGGAAGACCUCGUCAAGUGCAUCAGCAAAAAUACCGGCCCUGGAAAGAUCCAGAAGGUGCCCAAAGAAAAUGCUUUCCUGACAAAGGACUUGACACAAGAGUACCUCGACCACCUGCUGGUCAACCUGAGGAUGGAAGCCCUGUUUGUGAAGGAGAACUUUAACAUCCGCUGGGUCGCCCAAACAGGCUUCGUGGAGAACAUCAACAACAUCCUCAAAGAGUACAAGCAAAGCCGGGGAUUACUGCCAAUCAAGAUCUGCAUCCUUGGUCCUCCUGCUGUGGGAAAAUCCAGCAUCUCUGAAGAGCUGGCCAAGUACUACAAACUGCAUCACAUCAAGAUGAAGGAUGUGAUUGCUGAAGCCAUAGCCAAACUGGAGGCGAUUGUUGCACCCAAGGAGUCAGUGGAAGGAGAAGAGGAAGGCGAAGAGGAGGAGGAGGAAGAGAACGUGGAUGACGCCCAGGAGCUCCUUGACGGCAUCAAGGAAAGCAUGGAGCAGAACGCAGGUCGGCUAGAAGACCAAUAUUUAAUUCGAUUUGUGAAAGAAAAGCUCAAAUCUAUGCCUUGUAGGAACCAAGGUUUCAUUUUGGAUGGCUUCCCAAAGACCUAUGAUCAAGCGAAAGACCUGUUCAACCAGGAAGAGGAAGAGGAAGAAGAAGAAAUCAGAGGCAAAAUAUUUCCCUAUGAUAAAUUAAUUACACCCGAGUUUGUGUGCGGUCUGGACGCAUCUGACGAGUUCCUGAAGGAGCGGGUGAUGAAUCUCCCGGAGAGUGUCGUGGCAGGAACUCACUACAGCCAGGACCGAUUCCUCCGGUCUCUGAGCCACUACCGGGACAUCAAUACAGAUGAUGAGACGGUCUUCAACUACUUCGACGAGCUUGAAAUUCACCCAAUACAUAUCGAUGUAGGAAAACUUGAAGACGCCCAGAACAGACUUGCUAUCAAACAGCUCAUCAAAGAGAUCGGGAAGCCUCGGAAUUACGGCUUAACAGAAGAAGAAAAGGCAGAGGAGGAGAAGAAAGCAGCAGAGGAACGCCUGGCCAAGGAGGCUGCUCAGACGGCAGAACGCGAACACAAGGAGGCCAUGGAGAUGGCGGAGAAGAUAGCCCGCUGGGAGGAGUGGAACAAACGGCUGGAGGAAGUAAAGCGAGAGGAGAGGGAGCUGCUGGAGGUGCAGUCCAUCCCCCUGAGAAACUACCUGAUGACGUACGUGAUGCCCACGCUCAUGCAGGGCCUCAAUGAAUGCUGCAAGGUGAGACCCGAAGACCCCGUGGAUUUUCUGGCAGAAUAUCUCUUCAAGAACAAUCCUGAAAUGCAGUAGAGCCUCAUCAGUGUUGGGCCAUGGAGCUUCAGAGGGAGAGCUUAAGUUAAACUUGUAAUUUGAAAAACUGCUUAAAAAAAAAUGCUUUCCUAGGGUUUUUUUUGGGGGGUGGGGUUGGGAGAGGGAGUAGCAAGGGGGAAUCCUAAUAAAGUAGAAUCAUUAGAAAACUACACUGCAAUGAAUAACUGCUAUCUCAUUGAAAGGAUGUUUGGAAAGUAAACACGAGGCACACUUGAAUUGCUCACAGAUCAAUGGAUUACUAUUACUCUUAGGUCAGUCACAAUGCUGCACAUAACACAUUGUAGUAACUUAUGUUACAACAUGAAGUUAUAGGCUUCAACGGUGUCAGAAAUGAAAGACUUUAGAACAGCUCCUGCUUGUUGCACCUCCCAUCAGGUGUGACUGCUUUCCUGUAAGGUUGCCCGUGAGUGGCCAGGAUUCUAGCCACUAAAUCAGAGAACUGAAGAGCUCGUAAUGGAACAUGCAUGGGUCGCGGCAAAUAAUGCUACCCCCAUCACCACAAACUGCACAAAACCCA